UCCUCACCAAAACUGAACUUUUGGGAAGCGCAGAGAAGUCCAUGUGGCCACAGACCCAGAUGUGGUCACCACACCCCGCAGCCACCAACAAAACAUUUUCACCGACUUCUCUACAGCAUUGGGUAGGCAAAGAUACGUUAAGCCUGAGUUAAGAGUGGUUGCUGUUUUCUGCACAGGCAUCGUCAAUGAUCGUUUUUUGAGACUCUUCUGCUUGCAAUGAGAUGGGCUUGAGAGGAAAGAACUCUACCAAGGCCUGAAGCCUCCAAGAGACGCUGAGGGAGGAAGCCCACCAAGGCUCACUGUAACACUUUUCUUCACCACUGGAUCUCUCGGUUAAUGAAAAAUGGACACAGAAGGUAGGAGCAGAACAGAUCUUGCUCUUCCAGAACCACAAAGGCCCUCCAGUGCAUCUGAAAUUGAACUAUCAGAAGUACCUCUCCAUGAGAACGUCUUACAGGAGGAGGAUACCCCACCCCCACCACGCCGUACAUGGCUGACUUUUUUGAAGAAGGAGCUGGAAUUCCUGGGGGUAACACAAAUUUUGGUUGGUUUGAUAUGUCUUUAUUUUGGAACGAUUGUCUGCUCCAUGCUCAAUAUUUCAGAAUUUAAAGAAGACUUUUUUUCAUCAUUUAAAGCAGGCUACCCAUUCUGGGGAGCAGUAUUGUUUGCUAUUUCUGGAUUUUUGUCAGUUAUGUCUGAAGAGAAACAGGCAACAUAUCUGCUACGAGGAAUGCUGGGAGCAAACACCAUCAGCAGCAUAGCUGCAGGAGUAGGAACGGUCAUCCUGAUCACCAACCUAAAGAAGAGCUCAUCUUAUACCUCCAAUUGCCGGAACAUCUAUGCGAAUGACUUCUGCUCCACAGCUUCCUUUUCCACUGAAAUUGUGGCGAUGAUCCUCUUUCUCACCAUUCUGGGGUUCUGCAGUGCUGUGUUACUGACCAUCUAUGGGGUCAGAGAAAUACUUGAAAGAAAUAAGAUUCCAGAAGAUCGUCUUUAUGAAGAAGUAAACAUAUAUUCGCCAAUUUACAGUGAGUUAGAAGAGAGAAAGGAGAUAGCUUCUGCCCCUGAUUCAUAAGAAUCAUGUGUCCAGAACAUUCUAACUCACAACAAAGGAUUUAGAAUGCCCUUUGUUUCAGGGCCACUGGCAAAAUUUCCAUUCUUUCUAUAUCUGCCAAUGUUACAUUAUGAUUUAUUCUUCAGAUGGCAAUAUUCUGUUUUUGCUGUUUUCAUUCACUUAAAUCCCCUGUUCCUUUGUAGAUAUGAUAGGCUCCUAUUUUUCUUAUUUUCUUUUGCUGUCACAGCCAUCCUUUCUGGGAAUUCAACACAUAAUUAGGAAGCAUUUACUGUGGGCCUAGAACUAUGCAAAUAGGGAAAACAAAAGGAAAGCUGGUUGAGAGCUGACAGUGUAAUAAUAUUUGGCUAUUAGAGUUCACUUGAUCUGCAGACCUGUGUGAUACAGCCACCCUACAGGACUGUCAGCGCCUUGAGGGCAGAGUCCAUCCAGCAAACAUACACUGAGAAAAGACUAAGUUUUUCACACUUUUCUCUUUCACACUGAGUAAGAGUAAUUGGUCUUCUUGUUAACAAGUUGAAUUAAAGGAUAAAGAGAAGCAAUUGGUUAUUUAACACAUUACAUGUUCAGAUCUGAGAUCAAAGAACACCUGGUGAUGUUGAAAGAAGUGACAGGAAGAAAUAUGAAUUGAUAAGUGGGAAGUACAGGCAGACCUAGAUUAAGCUCAGUUUUAGGUUGUCAUCUUUAAGAAAGCAAAGCGAAAUGCAAUUUAAGAGUGCCUGAUGGUGUCGAAUAGUGUUGGUUGAAGAUGAAAUUUGGUGAGAGAGAUUUUAUAUCACUAUAGGAGAGAUUUUUUUUUUUGUCUUUUUGCCUUUUCUAGGGCCACACCCGUGGCAUAUGGAGGUUCCUGGGCUAAGGGUCUAAUUGGAGCUGUAGCUGCCAGCCUAUGCCAGAGCCAUUGCAACGAGGGAUCCAAGCUGCCUCUGCAACCUACACCACAGCUCACAGCAAUGCCAGAUCCUUAACCCCCUGAGCGAGGCCAGGGAUCGAACCUGCAACCCCUUGGUUCCUCGUCAGAUUCGUUGACCACUGAGCCACAACAGUAACUCCUAGGAGGCAUCAUUAUGAAGUGAGGCAGAUUAACACUCUAAGAGAAUUAUUUUGAAAUAAAAGUCAAGCCAGGUUAACUUUUACAUGCUUAUAAUCAGAGCAGAAAAGGAAAGAAAAUAUCUUGAGUAGAAGAUAAGAGAAUUAAGCAGAAAAAUGCAUUAUGAAAUGAUGCAGAGCAAGUAGCCCAAAGUAGGGAGAGGUCGGAGGAAGAGAGACAAAGUAACCAUCAGAGACAGUAUCUGCUGGCUUGGGCAAGAGAAAAAAAAAUCGGUAGUGCUAAAUUGACUCCAGGUAAGUCACAGAAAAGGGGCAAAGAAAAUAUUGAUAGUGAAUGCAUAUAAAAGGUGCAGAGACAUUCACAACAGGGUUAUAGUGAUGAAUAAAUGAAUAAAGUAUUUGCAGAAGUAUUUUGAGAGAGAGAAUAGGGGCAUAUACCUGAUGUAAGAAAGAGACUGUGAACAGAAGAUAGUGAAGAAAAGUUAAGCUUGGCCAUAUGAUUUGGUUGCUGUUGACAUUUUUAUUUCUAAAAGAAGGAAGAAGAGUUUACACUAUUAGCCCAAGUUAAAAAAAAAAAAAAAAAGUCCUGUGGAGGGACUGAAAAAAUCAGCUUGAGGUAUUCACAAAUUCAUUAAUAAAAGCAUUAAGAAUAUUCAUUUAUUUGGAAUGCUAAGAUUAAAAAGUGAUAAGUAGGAGUUGCCACGGAGCAGUGGGUUAAGAAUCUGACUGCAAGGGCUUUGGUCACUGCAGAGGUGUGGGUUCAAUCCCCAGGAAGUGCAGUGGGUUAAAGGAUCCAGUGUUACCAUAGCUGUGGCUCAGUUUCAAUUCCUAGCCUGGAAACAUCCAUAUGCUGCUAGUGAGGCCAUCAUUUUUUUUUUUUAAGUAAUAAGUAGAUGUGAAUUUCUCCAGAUUAUGAAAGUGAUCACAUAACGACACAACCAAUGAUUAAAUGAAUUGUUAUGCUUAUCUGACCCCAUGACCUAAGGUUUUCAAAUUUCGUUUUUCUUAAAUAAGAUUUUUUUCUCCAAACUUCAGAGUGGCAUAAAAAUAUACCCUUUCACUGCACAGCUUGCAAAGCUGUAUCUCCAUUCUUGAUCAUCCAUAGGUAUAAUCAUAUCACUUGCGUAGCAAAUAUACUCACAUCCAAACUCCUAGAUCUGACCCACCAGGACCUCUAGAAGUGGAUCCAGCCAGUCUUGACAGAAUAUUACACGCCUCUCUCUUCCACCUAAUUUAUGUUUUAACCACACUGUUGACUGUGUAUAUCCCGUAUACAUCGCAUGUUUUUUUUUUGGUUUGUUUUUUGUUUUUUUGUCUCCAGUUCAUUCUGGUAUUUUUUCUGCCCCUGCCUGCUUUUUAUCACAUGCUCACAUCAAGCAUAGACUGAGAACACAACGGGCAUGCUUUUCACACAUUCACUGCCCCAAAUUAUCUUUUUUGAAAUGUCAACUUCAAGGUUAUCUUCUCCAUGAAGACUACCUAAUGCACACUUAUUCAUGCAGCCAUGAUUUUUUGCUUCAUAACCCCUUUACCCCAUGAUGCCAUGUAUUAGCGUGUAUUAUUAGUGUACUUACAAGAUCCUUGAUGUAUCGUCGAUUAUGGGUAUUUCUUCAAUAAAUCAGAAUCAUUUAACUUGA